AUGAGUAAAUCAAUAGACACCUCUCAGCCAAUUAUUUAUCCCAAGUGGUUCGGCGGUUCUGCAUCAUGCAUGGCGGUGCUUGUUUCUCAUCCUUUGGACCUGAUUAAGGUCAGGAUGCAAAUGGGCCAUGGUGGUACAAAAGUCGGGACACUCAACACUUGCAUUCGAAUCGUUCAGGGAGAGGGCAUGCUUGCGCUUUAUAACGGAUUGAUACUGACCCAUUUGGCAGUAACAUAUGGCUCAGUCCGCAUCGGCCUGUAUGAGACGCUCAAAGAACAAACCAAAGCGAACAAUAUUCCCACUUCCCCGCCAGUUCUUGGGGUAUUAGCAGGAAUCUCUGGGUUCAUUGGCGCUAUUUUCGGAAACUCCUCAGAUAUAGGCAACAUCCGCAUGCAAAAUGAUGGUUCACUACCUCCUCAUCUUCGUCGCAAUUACCGGCACAUCUUCGAUGCGUGGCGACAGAUCAAGCACCAAGAGGGGUGGAAGGCCUUUGGACAGGGAUUGUGGCCCAAUGCUUUCCGCUGUGGUAUGAUGACCAGCUGCCAGCUUGCAUCAUAUGAUAGUUUUAGGGAUCUAAUAGUGGCAACCACUGGGAUUCAUGAGGACCAUCCCGGCUUGCAUCUAUCGGCGUCAUUCUUGGCGGCAUUAGUUGCUACAACUCUUUGCAGCCCAAUCGAUGUAAUUAAGACCCAGUUAAUGGGGUCCUCACGUAAGAAAGGGGUAUUGCAUGUGAUAAAUGAUCUUACAGCUACAGAGGGAAUGAGAUGGGUCUUUCGAGGGUGGACGCCAAGUUUCGUUCGGCUGGGGCCACAGACUAUGGCAACGCUGAUUCUUUUGGAGCAGCAUAAGCGGUUAUAUAGGGAUUUGAAAGACAAGACAUGUACUCAGAAAAUCACUCUCUGA